AUGGCCUACGUUCGACCUGGCUGCCCCAGCGUCUCAACUUGGGACGACUAUGGCGACGCCCAAACGGAGAUGUCGGUGGCCCCCGUGAAGAAGGGCGGCAUGGAGGCGCAGAGUGGGCCGGCGCGCAGCGGCUGGGGCGCGCCGCCGGUGCCGGCGGGCGGCUACUCGGCAGAAGAGCUGGCUGCGCUGGCCGAGGAGGACGAUGACGACUGGGGUCAGGCGGCGCCCGCCCGCGCCCCCGCCGCCCCGCAGCCGCCGCCGCCCCAGCUUGGCGCGCCCCCAGCGGGCGAGGUGCUGUGCCCCACCUGCGGCGGCGCCUGCGUGCAGCGCACCUCCAACACAGCCAAGAACCCCAACAGGCGCGCCACGCAGCCGAGCGCCUCUGCCCAGCACCCACCCGUCGUGCAGUUUGUCAAGUGCCCCAACGAGUCCUGCUCGUAUUUCAAGUGGAUGGAUGAGCUGGGUGCCGCCGACGGCGGCGCCGCGGGCGGCGGCGGCGGCGGCUACGGCAGCCCCGCCGCCAAGCGGCGCAUCACGGGCUACGGCAGCCAGCAGGCAGGGCUGCCCGCCCGGCCGGCGCAUGCGCUGGCGUGUGGCGGCAGCCAGGGCGCCUACAAGGCAGGGUACGGCUACGGUGGCGGCGCCGCGCCUCCUCCCGUGCCUGGUGCCAGCACCUUCCAGGCAGCCGCCGACGGCGGCGCGCUGCGGGACCGCUCCAACGAUCUGUGCUACAAGUGCAACCAGACGGGGCACUGGAGCAGGGACUGCCCCAACCAAGGGGGCGGCGCCGCCGGCGGAGGCUAUGGAGGCGGCGCCGGGGGCGGCGGCUACGCCGGCGGCGGCUCGGCGUGGGGCGGGCCUCAGGGCGGCGACGCCGGCGGCGGCGGCGCCUAUGGCGGCGGUGGGGGUGGUGGCGGCGCCAAGACUGGCAGCUGCUUUAAGUGCGGCGAGACGGGCCACUGGAGCAGGGACUGCCCGAACCAGGCCGCAGGUGGUGGUAGCAGCGCUGGUGGCGGCGGUGGGGCCUAUGGCGGGAGCUAUGGAGGCGGCGGCUACGGCGGUGGCGCCAAUGGCGGCGGUGGGGGUGGCGGCACCAAGAACGGCAGCUGCUACAAGUGCGGCGAGACGGGCCACUGGAGCAGGGACUGCCCCAACCAGGGCGGUAGCGGCGGCGGCGGUGGCGGCUAUGGUGGUGGUGGCGGCGGCGGAAGCUACGGAGGCUACGGCGGCGGCGGCGGCUACGGCGGCGGCGCCUCCAAGCGCAAGUAUGGCGGCGGCGGCGGCGCGCGCGGGGAUGCGGGCGCCUGCUUCAAGUGCGGCGGCGACGACCACUUCUCGUCUGCCUGCCCCAACAAGUAG